AGUAGCCCUCGCGGUGUGCCCUGGUCGACUCUGGGGGGUGGGGCCGCCAUUGUCCGGGCCAAGGUAAGGCCCUAUUCUGGACCGAGGGGCUACAGAUGUCGUUGUCACAGAGAGCCUGGCAGGUGGUCGGAACCGCCACGGGGAAGCGGCGCCUGCGGCCAGGGCUGGUUCAGUGCCGGGGUGCAAAGGGUGUCUUCUCUUUUCUCGCCGACUCGGUGUCCCGGUUGCCCCCGACCCUGCAGCUCCGGGGUCUGCGUGCGCUCUUUCUACGGACUGGGAAAGGCCGGCCCCAGUGGGCCGAGUAGGCCGGGCCCGGGACGGGGUCUCGGUGCAGGACCGAAGCCGGACGCUCAGUGCAGCUGCGCCGAGCCAGCUCAGCCACCGCGCGGAGUCGGGGCCGGUGGCUGCGAGCCAGGUGCCUUCAUGGACCAGUCUUGGGAGGUGGCGGCUGCUGACCCUUCUGUCUCCCGGGCUCUGUGUCCUCAGGAUUCAGCAUGGCACGUAGAGGGAAGCCCUGAGGAGGGGGGGAGAAAGGAACCAGUGACUUUCAAAGAUGUGGCUGUGGCCUUUACCCAAGAAGAAUGGGGACAGCUAGACCUUGUUCAGCGAGCACUGUACCGUGAUGUGAUGCUGGAGACCUAUGGACACCUGCUUUCUGUGGGAAAUCAGAUUGCUAAGCCUGAUGUCAUCUCCCAGUUGGAACAAGGAGAAGAGCCGUGGUCAGUGGAGCAAGGGCAUCCUAACAGCAGCUGUCCAGAGUGGAUGAGAAAUGUUGAAAGCAAAGCAUUGAUUCCAGCACAGAGUGUUUUUGAGGAAGAGCAAUCCAGCAAUGGAAUGAUGGUAGAAAGAUACGUAUGGGACAAUCCUUGGCUCUCCAGGCUAGGAGUUUUGGGAUAUGGAGACCAAUUAGAAAUGUAUCACAUGAACCAGAGCGCAGGUAUGAAGCAAAUGGUCUUCAUGCAAAAACAAGUACUUUCUCAACAAGGUUCUGAAUUCUGUGAACUAGGCGCAGAGUACAACCAAAGCUUAAACUUAAUUCCUUCUCAGAGGGUUUCUCAAUUAGAACAUUUCUACAAACCUGAUACACAUCUUGAAAGUUGGAAAUAUAAUUCAACUAUAAUGUAUGCAGAUAAGGUUACCUGUGAAAAUAAUAAUUAUGAUAAAGCCUUCUGCCAGUCUACUCAGCCUGUAUACCCUGCAAAAAUGCAAACUGGAGAUAAUCUGUUCAAAUGUACUGAUGCUGUGAAGUCUUUCAAUCAUAUUAUACAGUUUGGUGAUCAUAAAGCAGUAAAUACAGGAGAGAAACUCUGUGGAUAUAAGAAAUUCCACCAUAUCUUUAACCAGAGCCCAUCACUUAUUGAACACCCAAGACUUCAAAUUGGAGGAAACCAGUAUGAAAAAUAUAAAGAAUAUGAGAAUGUCUUUUAUUUCUCAUCUUUUAUGGGACAUCAAAAAAUUGGGGGUGUAGAAAAAGCAUGUAAAUACAAUGAAUGGGAGAAAGUCUUUGGUUAUGACUCAUUACUUACUCAACAUACAAGCACAUACACUGCAGAAAAACCCUAUGAAUUCAACAAAUGUGGAGCAUCUUUUAUCUGGAGCUCUUACCUUAUUCAGCAUAAGAAAACUCAUCCUGGAGAAAAACCCUAUGAAUGUGAAAAAUGUGGAAAAGUUUUUAGGAAUCGUUCAGCCCUUACUAAGCAUGAACGGACUCACACUGGAGUAAAACCCUAUGAAUGUAACAAAUGUGGGAAAGCCUUCAGUUGGAAUUCUCAUCUUAUUGUACACACAAGAAUUCAUACAGGAGAAAAACCUUAUGUAUGUAGUGAAUGUGGGAAAUCUUUCAACUGGAACUCCCAUCUUAUUGGACAUCAGAGAACUCAUACUGGAGAGAAACCUUUUGAGUGUACUGAAUGUGGCAAGUCUUUUAGCUGGAGUUCCCAUCUUAUUGCCCACAUGCGGAUGCAUACUGGAGAGAAACCCUUUAAAUGUGAUGAAUGUGAAAAGGCUUUCAGGGACUAUUCAGCCCUUAGUAAACAUGAAAGAACGCACUCUGGGGCAAAGCCGUAUAAAUGCACUGAGUGUGGCAAGUCCUUCAGCUGGAGUUCCCAUCUUAUUGCUCACCAGAGAACCCACACAGGAGAGAAGCCUUAUAACUGUCAAGAAUGCGGCAAAGCUUUCAGAGAGCGUUCUGCCCUUACAAAACAUGAAAUUAUUCAUUCUGGAAUCAAGCCCUAUGAAUGUAAUAAAUGUGGGAAAUCCUGCAGCCAGAUGGCUCACCUUGUCAGGCACCAAAGGACUCACACCGGAGAAAAGCCCUACGAGUGCAGUAAAUGUGGAAAGUCCUUCAGUCAGAGCUGUCACCUUGUUGCUCAUCGGAGAAUUCACACUGGUGAGAAACCCUAUAAAUGUAAUCAAUGUGAACGAUCCUUUAAUUGUAGCUCUCACCUAAUUGCACACCGGAGAACCCAUACUGGAGAGAAACCGUACCGGUGCAAUGAGUGUGGGAAGGCAUUUAAUGAGAGUUCUUCCCUUAUUGUACACUUGAGAAACCAUACCGGAGAGAAACCCUACAAAUGCAAUCAUUGUGAAAAAGCUUUCUGUAAGAAUUCUUCCCUGAUUAUUCAUCAGAGAAUGCACAGUGGAGAGAAACGCUUUAUAUGCAAUCAGUGUGGAAGAGCCUUUAGUGGCCAUUCGGCCUUACUUCAACAUCAGAAAAAUCACAGUGAAGAAAAACUGUAACUGUCAAAGACUUUGGGGUGGGGGACCCUAUAAAUAUAACCAAGAGGGAAAUUUUUCACUAAGAAUUUAGUUAAACUGUUUUUACUAUACAACAGGACAUCUCUUUUUAGAAGAAACUUUAUGGGUGACAUAAAUGAAGACUAGAGAAAACCUUUCAGCAGUUAUGUAGCUUGUAUUCAAUGGUAGGAAAUUACAGGAAAAAAAGUUCUAAGCUGCUUAUGUGGUCCACAAGGAAUCCAUAUUUGAGGAACAUGAUUAGGUGAAUGAAGUAUUCUAGCAAAAGCUGUGAUUUGUACAUCAAAAUGUAGAAGUUUGUGCAUUAUUAAGAGGAAAGUCUUGUGCCAAGAAUAGUGUUUUAACUGGAAAGAUAGUACCUGGGAUACUCAAUGGGAAGUUUUACAUUAACAUUUUGUGCAUAAUGAUAGAGACAAAUUUUGCUAUUACAAGGGGAUGAUCUAGGUGCUCUUUAAGAGAUAGAAUAUGGAAUAUCAAGUCUGCAUUCAUGAAAAAAACUAAUGUAGUACUGAGUGGGAUAUUUACCGUUGAUCAAGGUUAACCUCUUUAGAAAAGAUUAGUACAGGAGAUCACUGGUGAUGGAAGAUAGAAAGCCUGUUGCAUAGAAAUAUGAGUCUGAGUUUUGAAACAGAAAUCAAUACUUAGUAAUAUACUAUAAUAUACUGUCAGUGUCCAUUGGUGCAUAUCAGUGAAUUACUGGGCAGUUAUAACUCUUUUAGGCAAUCACUAUAAAUUAUAAUUGUGUGCACUAGCAAUAUACAUAACUGAAGAAACAACAAUAAGAACAGGAUUGUAUAUAAACAUCUACUAUAACAUCAUCUACUAUAGCAUCCAUGUCUGUUUAGGUAAAGACCUCUUAGAACCAUGGAGAAAUUAACACAGUUAAUUUAAUGGUUUUUGUUUUGUUUUGUUUUAGUUUAGUUUUAGUUUUUGUUUUACAAAUACAUAAGCACCAUGUGCUAGGCCUCCUUUUAAAUUUGUUUUUUAAAAUAUAUUAACUUGUUCAAUUCCCUUAACUCUAUGAAGUAGGCAUUGUUACUACCCCCAGGUUUACAAAUAGAUUAACAGAAGCAGAGGUGUUGAAUAACUUUCCCAGGAGACACAUCUAAUAGGGAGUGCACUUUUAAGAUUGUUUGGCUCCAGAGUUUGUGUUUUUAACCGCUGUGUUUUCUCACUUUUGUUCAGUGUUUUUAUAAUAAUAUUUGGUAAUAAAAAUCAAGAAUAUCCUAACUAAUGGAAACCUGGUUACCUAGUUCCUAUAUCCCGAAGGAUUUCUACUAAUAUGUAAACCACAAUCUCUGGAAUAUGAAUAGCUCUGAGAAGGACACAGAAACUACUAUGUUUUCUGGGUCCUGGGUUUAAGGGUCACAGACAGCCGGGCAGUAUGAACUUGAGCAAGGGUAAGGACUUUUCCAUGGGGUUUCAGUUAAAGCGGAGGCAAGGGCGUUUGUCCUUUGACAUGUUGGAAACUAGUGCCUAUUGGCACACCAGUCCUCAAGGUACCUCUGAGUUCAUUAUUAACCUCUUAUCUUCUCUACAUGAAAUGAUUGCUUGAUGGGAUGGAGGAUUCAGGAAGAGAGUUCUGCCUGAGUUCAUCACCAACAGUAAGGAAGUUCCUUUUCAGGAACAAAGGAGCAAAAGGGAUCCUUGGACUCAGGCAAGGAUUGUUUCUAGAUAUGCAGAUAUUGAGAAGAAAUUUGGGGCACAUAAGAUUCACUUAACCUUUUAGGGUCCUGGACUCCCCCAUUGUAAGAAUUGAUGGCAUACUUGUGUUAAGAUAGUGCAUUCACUGCUGACUCUUAGAGCUUCAGGCAACUUAGGAUGUAACAUUUAGUGCCCUCCUUUGCAGGGUCUAAUAGUCACUUAAUAAAUGUUAUGGCAAAAAGUAACUGAUGAUUUUUUUAAUUGUGAUUUUUGCAAAGACUUCUGGAUAU